CGGGGAUCGGCGGAACCUUAAUUUCAAUCGAGCAUCUAGAACUGAAUCAUCUCGUCGUCUCAUCGAUCAAAUCGGUUCAUCGGCCUCGGGAUCGUGACGUAGUUCUUCUUCCUCCUACGUUCAGGCCGAAUGCAUAAAGGACGGACUUCGUCCAUGUCGACUCCAGUAUCGUUCCUCUUGACUACACUUCCAUCUAACCAGACCCCUUCCCUCGACUGACAACUUAAUCGACUGAUCGUCGUAAGCGCGACAUCAACGAUGGACGGCGAUUCGGACGAUGAACAAUCAACCGGGCAGUGCGUCAUCACCAAGUUGCCCUUCGAAAUUCUGGAUGAGAUCGUCCUACAAGUUGGCGUCGAGGAUCCUCGGGAUGUAGACAACCUCGCCUUGGCUUCGCCUAUGUUCGAUCGCCGGAUCUACCAGAAUCCGUCGAACUACUGGAGGACAUUGUUCUACCGCCGCUACUCGUUGACGGACCGGAUCAGAAAGCCUCAGCCCGACAUCGACUGGCGCGCGAGGGUUCUGACGCGAUGCGAGAUAGAGCACGGUUCCUACCGGGAUCUCAAUACGGGACAGUAUUUGAGCGACCGUCAGUCUCCGCAGUUCCCGAAACGAGUGGAAGGGAUCCUGUCGACCCACAUCGACAUAGCUCAAACGAUAAAGGACCGUCAGACCACGCACUUCCCGUCGGGGCUCCCUGAUAGACCGAUGAGUACCUGCGUGUCGUACGCGAACCACAUUCGGGGCAACGACAUACUCGAUGACAUUUGCGGGUUCUUGGAGGACCCGAAUACCGCUAGGAGCGCACAACAGGCACUGAAUUCACUUUUCAAGUUUUGGCUCCUGCUCUUCGCCACUCUGGGCGAUUACUGUGGGCUCAACAAGUGGAACAGCUGUGGUCCGUAUAUCUUUGGAAACCUUGACCGAGAUACUGUCUUAGGCCUUGACGGAGCUACCGAUUGGGGAUGCCUCUUCGCCAUCGUCAGGCACCGAUAUGCCGACCGGUCGUAUUUUCCGAUUUGGCGAAGUAAUGGCAGCAUCGAGGAACCACGACGUUCUUUGAAUACAAGAUGGUCAGGGGUUCCCCGAAAGUUACGUUCCUUUCAGCUGAGCCCGACGGGUAGGGUGCUUGAUAUCGUCUUCAAGCUACGUUUCAGUCAGCCGGCACCCAUUCAUUUGGAAGAGCUCGUUGAGAACCCUGCCAGGGACCAGUCCGCCCUGAGGAGAUUUGACGGGACGUUUCAUGUCAAAGCGCAAACGACUCCGCUUGGCGCCGGUCCGUCGUGGCAUAUUCCACCAGCUAAUUACGAGCGGGACUGGAUCAACAGGAAGGUGUCGGGUACACUCAGUCUCACCCUCGACCAGCAGAUUCUGAUGACCUGGGAAACAGAAACGUUGGAGCAUGCGCAGGCAUCGACGGGCGAGGCGGUCGGAGACGAUACCUUCCAGUUUUGCGGAAUUCAGCUCGGCACUGCCUUUACGAGCUAUUUCGUAGCGGGUAAAUUGAUAUGUAAUGGAAACGAAGUGGUACCUCUGUUUAUGAUCUACCGCCCGCGCUAUCCCCCCGAGAGCACCGACCUGUAA